UUUCCAUUCGUCUGAGCCCACAAUCCUUUGCGUCUCCUCGAAUCUCUCUGCUGAGUGGCCACCACUGGUAGGGGGUGGGCACCACACGCAAUACGUUUGGUAUCUGGUAUUGAUUACAGAUGAGAGACGGGAUGAAGCGAAUAGAGCAGUCUACCUAAUUGUCCACCGUUUAAAUAACACAAACUUGAAUCCUAUGAAAUAAACACGUCGUGAUCGUUGCCAGCUAUUUCCGGUUCGUUUCCAGUUCAGUCCAGUUCAGAGAGAAGAUUAUAAAAUCGGACCGACUUUAAGCACAGUUUUUGGACCAACGUUGCAUUUGGAACAUCAUCUUGAAAUGGAGGGGAAAUUCGGCAGCCGUGUGUUCUUCCAAGCCGCAGACUACGUAGUUUGCGGUUUGAUGCUGCUAGCUAUGAUGGGUAUCGGUCUGUACUACGGCUUCAGCGGCGGCCAUCAGCGCACCUCAUCGGAGUACAUCCUUGCGAAUCGCAAGAUGACUGUCGUCCCCGUUACGCUGUCUCUUCUGGCAAGUUUCAUCUCCGUCAUAUCGGUCCAGGGAGUUCCCUCCGAUAUCUACUAUCACGGCCCGUCGGUGAACUGGGUGCUGAUUCCUAAACUCGUUGGCGGCGUUCUAGCUGCCAUGUUCUACAUGCCUUUGUACUAUCGCCUGGGUAUGACAUCCGUCUACGAGUACCUAGAACUGCGAUUCAACAACGUCGUCAAGAUAUGCGGGGUGGUGUCAUUUCUGCUAUUUACGUUCUCGUACUUAGGAGUUGUUACCUACACGGCAUGUACGGCCGUAGCGGCAGCUACUGGUAUCAGCGUUGAAGUUGCUAUCAUCGGUGCUUGUGUGAUAUGCAGUAUAUACACAGUCAUAGGUGGCAUCAAAGCUAUCCUGUGGACCGACAGUCUUCAGAUGAUCCUUAUGGUGGUGGCGGUUAUCGCAAUCUUGAUCAAAGGUUCCAUUGACGUGGGAGGAUUUAGUAACGCCUGGAGAGUAGCCUACGAGGGAGGACGUACCAACUUCUUUAGUUUUACUCUGGAUCUGACUGAGUUCUACAACGGCUUGGGUUUCAUUAUUGGCCAGAUCCCUCACAGUACGUUCAUGAUCAACAACCAGUACAUGGUCCAGCGAUUCGUUAUGUGCAAAUCGGAAGCCGUAGCAAGAGCGUCAAUUAUCGGUUAUGUGGCCGGCAUGUUCAUCUUCUACGCUCUAUUGUCGAUGGCAGGAUGGGCCAUAUAUGCUUACUAUGAAGGCUGCGAUCCAACAACAUUGGGAUACACCACCAAAAACGAUCAGAUUAUGCCAUAUUUCAUCGUUGAUGCGUUCGGCCAUAUUCCCGCCGCUCCUGGUAUGCUUCUGACAGGUGUAUUUGGUGCAGCACUGAGCACGAUGUCGUCGGUGUUGAAUGCAAACGCCACACUGGUCGGAGAACACUUUGUCAAACCCUUCUGGAAAGGACUGCCCGACACAACAUAUACAAUCAUCUUGAAAGUACUCGUUGUUUUGUUUUCCUUUACUGCCUUGGGGUCGGCGUUUCUUGUUCCAAUUCUGGGAGACGCAAUACCAAUGAUGAUGACGUUAAACGGCUGUUUCCAGGGAACCGUCCUUGCUUUGUAUCUCCUUGGGGCAUUCGUUCCCCGCUGUGGUUCAAAGGGUGCCAUAGCUGGCUACACUGUGGGACUGGUUCUUGGCUUGACACUUUCCAUUGGUAAAGUCGUCUAUCCGAGCACAAGUCCCAAUCUGCCGUUAUCGGCCGACAAGUGUCUCAAUGAGACUUUCUUCGGCGACAACGGUGUGACAUAUUCGAUGACAAUGCUUGAUGCAAAUGUGACAGUGCCAUUCCAGAACAGUGACAGCCCGGACACGCCCACCUUCUUCACUUUGUCCAAGAUAUGGUACGGCUUUGUCAUCACCGCAUCUACCAUGAUUGUCGCCAUCAUCGUUACCUUGGUGACAGGUGAAAAUGUUACCUCUCAGCUUGACCCGCAACUUGUGUAUUGGAAAAUCCAGAGCAAUCUCACUUCAAGUGAAGACAAGAAGAAUCUGGAGGACAGCAACUUGGUGGAGUUGCUAGAUGGAGGUCUAGACUCGAAUGCAGGCCCAAGUCGACAAGAAUCCGCGAACGAUUCCGAGUCUCAUACGAUUGGUAUACCGACGAUAAGUAGUCAAACUGCAAUAAUCGAUACAGUGUGCUAAGAAGAUUUGAAUAAUAAUAAGACCCAAAAGUCCAGUUUAAGAACAAAAAACCCCACAAAUACUCAAGGGAUGGCAAAGUCAAUGACGAAAACUAAUAACAUAUAAACUGACAUCGUAACAUCAAUUUGGUACCACUAGACAAUAAGGAAAUAGCAUUUUCUAAAAUGAUUUGAAGUUCUAAGUUAAUAAUACUAUCGACAUUAGUUGAAAUAUAAUUUUAAAAAAAUACCAAUACUAAAGUAUGGUUGUGGGAUGGUUUAAGAGGCAGUUUACUCGAGUUCUUUGUCCGUCAAAUUGAUAGAGUAUUAGAGCAGAAUAUGACAAUUGAUAACGUUACAUGUUUUUCAGAGGCAGUUUAUAUUCCAAUUUAUUUGGGAGGAAACAUAAAAACAGCAGAAUGCAGAGGCAUAAUGGUAAAAUGAAAAAUGUAGUUGAUGAUGCAUUUAAUUGAAGGAAAGAAACUUCAAAUCAAAGUAAUAAAUGCAAAACGGAAUCGGGAAAAAUUGUUUAUUAUACUCCCGCUGAACAUUAUGGGCAACGCUCGAGACCGGUUCUAAAAAAAAAUUAGAGUUAAUAAUAGAAAUAGGAAAUUAUUUCUUGUAGGAAUGUAUGUUUAUUAUUGAAAGUGGUCAAACAGGGGUAUUAAGUUGUCUAUAUUUAAAUUAAAAUUAAAACGAUAGAAGAAACCGGGAAUGGCUACUCGAAGUAAAUGUACCAAAUUUGAAAUAGAAAAACCAACGCAUAAAUUGGAGACAGGUGCAGAGUUCACAAGCCAAAGUACACAUUGUCAUAACUAAAGCAUUGUUUACUUUUAUUUUCAUGGAAUUCAAUUUUAUUAAUAUUGAUGUUUAUUUAUAUUUAUAUUUAUAUGAAUGUAUUUAGUUUUGUUUUCAAAUUCCAUUUAUAUAUACCACACCUUGCAAGUUUCUUUAUUUUUGUUAUCGUAUUAUACUUCUUCCACUGUUUUGGGAUUUUCUUUUGUCUAGCGACAGUUCUAUGCAUCGAAUAUAUAGGGGGCAAUUUAUUUUUCAAAGUUUAUUAAAUAUUUGUAUUGUUUACAUCAAACUGAAUUUUGUUUUAUUAUAAUUCUUUAUAAUUGCUUUUUGUAGUUAUUUGGCUCAUAGAAGCUCGGUUGGGAGUCGAUAUUUGAUUAUUCGGCAUUUAUGUGGCAUGCAUUUGAUAAAGAUGCCAAUCUUAUAUAUUUCAUUUGUCUUUGCAAGCUUCACUUCAAAUUCCAUAAUGUUGAGUAAGGUGUGCUAUAUAAAGUUGUCAUUUGUUUUAAAUACGGUGGAAAUAAUGUGAUGGCACUAUGCGUAGUAGCUAGAAAAAAAUAGGUGAUUAUACGGGUCGUACAUGCUACUAGAAACAUAUAUAAUGUAAAACUUACUAAAAAUGUUUAUUGUUGUGACUUCAAUUAGAAUUUGAUGUCAGGUUGGCGUAGCGGUACUUUCCUCGCCUUCCACCGCUGUGACCCGGGUUCGAAUCCUCCGUG